AUGUUUGAUUACGAGAACAACUACUACAACGACGACGAAACUAACUCUUAUAUUUCAAAUUCAACAACGACCACAGCAAACGAUGGUUACGACAGCGGUUACGGUAAGACGUGGAUUGUUCCCGAUCUUUCGAAUAUGACCGAAGAUGAAUUUCAAUACAGAUUAAAAUCCCUGAGACGAGAGCACCAAAAAGUUCUGGCUCUAUGUGACGAGGCGACGCUGAGGAAAAGUAAAAAUGGGCCCAUCCGAAAAGGUGUUCUAGAACCAUCAAUUGUUUCGAGUCAGUCGUCAUCGACAGACGAUGAUGAGGAGUGUUAUUACAACAGCGAUAGCAUUACGAAAAAUUAUGAAAAUAGUGGCUUGAAAUCGUACAAUAGCGACGAAUUACUGAACUAUAAGUUGAAUCGGUUCUUCACGAAUAACAACAACGAGGAUCAAGAAAUUUUCACAGAUCCUCGUCCAUCAGUCAGACGGAGAAGAUCGCUGACGGAUUUAGAUCAGAAGAGAAUUCGUUGGAAGACACCCUACAUCACAGUUUGCAAACCUUUCAAUAUGACGAUCCGAGAGGAGCAGAAGAAAAUUAUGAAACCUGUUUCAGAUAAAAUCGAACAAAUUAAAAAUGACAAAAAGUUGAAACAGCUAAUGGAAGAAAAAGAGCUGAGAAAACGCUUUCGAUCUCUGCCGAUCCCAGCUAACACUUACGAACUGCUACUGGAAGAAAUGGAAAGGAAAAAACAAUCCAAGAAACGACGCAACGAACUAAAAAGAAGAGAAAUUCUAUUAGACAGAGGAGCGGAAUUUUCAUUUCUUGAAAGAGAGAAGCGAAAGCAGGUGGUAAGAUCGGCAAACAGAAUCUUAGACAACAAAGAAUUUCUAGAAAAUAGGGAAUUAGUUAAUACUUUCAAAGCGAAACCGUUUCCUAAAAACAUCUACAGCCAAGAGUCGGAUGAAAAAUUAAGAAGAGAAAAUUUAUUGAAACAGAUUGAAUCACUAGAGAGGGCAGAAAAAAUGUUGAGAUCAUCUCAGCUGCCGAGAAAUAUGAAAUAUCAUUCGCCGAAACAUAGAUGUCACUCUGCUAAUUUAAAUUCAAGUCAUUCUCACCAUCAAAAAAGGCCGAACUAUAAAUCAAGAGCGUUACUUAGGAGUGAUGUAGACAGGCGCGUAUUUGCAUUAUCACCCGAUGAGUAUGCCAACAAAAACAACUACAACAAUCGUACUAGAAGUCCGGAUAGCCGGGACGAUGACAAUGACGUCAUUGGGGGAAGAAAUGGCGAUGUGCUAAUAUCGAGAUUUCGGCAAAAUGAUUCUGGCGUCUAUCUCAGUCACAGUGAUCUUCUUAUUUGCAAAGGUUUGAGUGGUGGUAGUACUAGGCCAAAGACAUCGCCUUGUUUGAGAUCAUCAUCUAUGAGAAUAUUAGAUGAUGCUAGUGAUAAUAACAUGAGAAGUUAUGACACCAAACUGGAUGAGAAAAUUAGAAGAGAGGUUGAGAUGGAUUUGGCUAGAAUUAAACUAUAA